UUAAAAUGAAAACAAGAUAAUCAGUAUUGCCAGUAAUCAUCGUGACAAAGACUUGAAUAUUGCUAAAUAUAAUUGUUCGUAUAGCAAUGAUUAAAAAGGUCUUUUUCAAAUACGGGAAACGAAUAUAUUUUAAAAAUGCAUUACAGCAGGUACAAUGGGUACAACAGUACUGUACCAAUAAAACUACUAAUGCUAAAAUUGGUUCCGUCACUGAUACAAAAGACCCUUCUUUUUUAGGGAUACAAACUAUUUUUACUAAUGAAUUAAAGUUUAUUGACAAGCAAUGUUACAAUCCUUUACCAACAUUUAGAAUUUUAAAUUUAUCACAUAAACAUGUACAAUUACCAGAGGAUCUCAAGUUAGAUCAGGAUACCAUGAUUAGAAUGUAUGAUAAAAUGAUUACUCUGAAUAUAAUGGACAAAAUCCUAUACGAAUCUCAACGACAAGGACGUAUAUCAUUUUACAUGACCAAUAUAGGAGAAGAGGCUACUCAAAUUGGUUCUGCUGCUGCUGUUACAUUGGAGGACAUUAUAUAUGCUCAAUAUCGAGAAGCAGGUGUCUUGUUAUGGCGUGGACAUUCUAUCAUAGACUUUAUGAAUCAAUGUUAUGGUAACCACAAAGAUGUUUCAAAGGGAAAGCAAAUGCCUGUUCACUAUGGAUCAAAGAAAUUGAACUUUGUUACUAUUUCAUCUCCUUUAACAACACAAUUACCUCAAGCUGUAGGUACAGCAUACGCACUUAAACUAUCUAAAAAGAAUGCAUGUGUAGUUUGUUACUUUGGUGAAGGUGCUGCUAGCGAAGGGGAUGCUCAUGCAGCCUUCAAUUUUGCUGCAACUUUGGAGUGUCCAAUCAUUUUUAUAUGUCGUAAUAAUGGUUAUGCAAUCUCAACUCCUACUCGAGAACAGUUUAAAGGUGAUGGGAUUGCGGCAAGAGGACCAGCAUAUGGGAUAUCAACAAUCCGUGUAGAUGGUAAUGAUGUUCUUGCUAUGUAUUAUGCAACAAAAGCUGCUCGCGAAUUAUGCAUUAAAAAAGGGAAACCUUUUUUAAUUGAAGCUAUGACUUAUCGAAUCGGUCACCACAGUACUUCCGAUGACAGUACUGCAUAUCGAUCAAAUGAUGAAAUAGAGCAUUGGAAUCAUUAUACACCAAUAACCAGGUAUCAUAAUUAUCUGGAAUCGAUCGGUUUGUGGUGUGAACAACAAGAUAAGGAAUUAAAGAAACGCAUAAAAAAUUCUGUUUUACUUGCUUUUGCGGAAGCAGAAAAGGAACUUAAACCAUGCUGGAAAGAAUUAUUCACGGACGUAUAUCACACAAUGCCAAAGCAUAUUAGUAAACAAAUGCAUUCUAUGGAGGAACAUGUUAUGGAAUUUCACAAACAUUAUCCAUUGCACCUUUUUGAACGUAAUAACAACAAUAAUCAAUUUAAUAAUCAAAUUCAACAAAAUAAUAACAGCAGAUUAAAUCAAUUGUAUUUACUAAUUUAUAUUGAUAUUGCAUAUUUUUUAUAUCAUUUAAUAAUAAAACAUUUACAUACUCUCUAAAACUUCAUGUUAGCAGCUAUUUCUUUAUACUUUUCCAUUCUGUACUCUUUUCUAGCUGCAUCCAGUAAUAAAUUGUGAAGUAAAUUAUGUUGAUAUGGGUUGACUUGUUCUAUAGCGGGAUAUACAUUCCCUAUAAUUACAAUUAAUAUUAAUUUCAGCUGUGACUUUCUUUAAAUUUGUAAAUAAAUAAAAUUUGUUAUAAAACA